AUGUUGAAACGUGCUCGCAGUCUGUCACCUCCUGGCGUGAGGUCGUCCUUGAUCAUGUCUCCGACCAAGAGAACCCGCACCGACGCCAACUUUCUGCCAAAUAAGAUUGCAACAGCAGAAGCUGCUUCAAAAGUAGACAGAGAUCCGCCUUUCUUCAAACUUCUCAAUGCAUUGAAGGACAAUGCCAGAAGUUCACCCAAGGGGGCGUCAGUGGUUUAUUGGAUGAGGAUGGAAGAUCUUCGAAUUAGCGACAAUCGUGCUUUAGCGCAGGCUUCCGCAUUGGCUCAGAAGGACAACGUACCGCUUGUUGUUCUCUUCGUUCUCAGUCCCCAGGACUACAUCGCGCAUGACAGAAGCGCACGGCGGAUAGAUUUCACUUUGCGCAAUCUGCACGAGAUUAAAUCAUCUCUCGCAGAACAUCACGUCCCACUUUGCACUACGUCUCACACGCCUCGCAUUUCUAUUCCUUCUCAUGUUCUGUCUCUUCUGAAAGAAUGGGGAGCGACACAGCUCUUCGCCAAUAUCGAACACGAAGUUGACGAGCUCCGGAGAGACAUCAAGCUGUGCGAGCUCGCUAAGAAGGAAGGUAUUGAUUGUUCCUUCGUACACGACAAAUGUAUUGUCCCUCCUGGAGAUAUUCUGACGAAAGAAGGAAAGGCCUACUCAGUUUAUUCUCCGUUCCUGCGCUCUUGGAUUAAGCACCUCUCUCUCAAGAAAGAAGACAUUCACCUUACGCAUGCGCCUACUCUAGCCGAUAAUGCUUUUUCUAUUCGAGAUCACUCGACCUUCGGCCGAUUAUUUGAAGUACCAGUACCGGAAGAGGUAGAAGGGUUUACUCUUCAGCCUGAUGAGAAAGAAAGGAUGCGAUUUUGCUGGCCAGCUGGAGAAGAUGCGGCAAGACAGAUUCUUGAUCGCUUCGUUCACACUAUGGCUCGUGGCUCUCAACUGGGCGCUGUGAACCCGCUUCCGGAAAAUGCAAAGGCGCCUCGGAACUCUGCCAAAGAUAGUCGAUUGGGGAAAUACAAAGCUGCGCGAGACAAGGUUGAUGCGGAUACUACCAGCCGGCUCAGCCCGUACUUAGCAGCGGGUGUCAUAUCAGCUCGUCAGUGUAUCAGGGCAACUACAGAGUUUUCAAGUGGCAAGAUUGACGUGAGUAGCGAGACGGGCAUAGGUCGCUGGGUACAGGAGAUUGCAUGGCGCGACUUUUAUACGCAUGUCCUUGCUCUCUUUCCGCGUGUGUCAAUGGGACGCCCAUUUCAGGAGAAAUUCGCUAAUAUAAAAUGGGAAGCAGAGACCCAUAAAGAUCAUCUCCAAGCUUGGAAGGAUGGCCGUACAGGUGUACCGAUAGUCGAUGCGGGCAUGCGUCAGGCCCGCGCUAUGGGGUGGAUGCACAAUCGUUUGCGCAUGAUUGUCGCCAUGUACUUGGUAAAGGAUCUCAUGAUCGACUGGCGACUUGGAGAAAAGUAUUUUAUGGAGAUUCUCAUUGAUGGCGACUUGGCCUCUAACAAUGGAGGAUGGCAAUGGAGCGCAAGCACGGGAGUUGAUCCUGCGCCAUACUUCAGGAUAUUCAACCCAUACAUCCAGAGUCAGAAGGCGGAUCCUACGGGUGAUUUCAUCCGCCAUUUUGUGCCAGAACUGGCAAAUGUUCGAGGCCCAGAGAUUCACAAUCCGUCACCGAAAUUGGCUGACAAGCUCGGAUAUCCGAGACCACGCGUGGACCACAAUGAGGCCAGACAACGGGCGAUAAGGCGGUACAAGAGUCCUGGUCAGGAGUAG